ACGCUUAUUUUACUAUCUCCCGAACACUGAUUGAUGCAUACAUACAAACGAACAUCUCGCGGGGAUGAUAAUGCAGAAAGCCCGCAUUCGAUAUUGUCCAUCCAAUGACACUGCUUCGCAUUGUUCUCUGUUGUACUAUCCUGUUAACCGGGAGCGUAUGACCAGGGAUGCCUCGAUGACAGUGAUACAGCAAGCAUAUGUUCACUGACUUCAAAUGCAGUUGGGUUUAAAGCUAAUGUGAUUGCCAACAAAAUCAUUUUGUCGGUCAUCUGGAUUACUUAAUUUGUUGAUUACUCUCAGGAUUCUAGCUUAUUGUUUUAUCAGAUACGCAUAUUCUCUGAAUGAGCUUUCGGCAUUAUGCGAUUUAUCUCGACUAUCUCGCUUCUCCUCCCGUUCGCACUUACUAUCAUCCUCCUGAUAGAUGUUACCAUAGCAACGGUAACUCUUCCCCCUUAUUUGAGUCACAGUGGUACCCUCGCACCUGGACAAGAUGAACAUGGUGGUAUACCCAUGGGGGUCUCCAACCAACGAUGUGACGACGGAAAGACCAAUUUGACCAUUGACUGGGACGGUUCUCGUGACGCAUUUGAAUGUCCCUCGGAAAGGUGGACAUCGAACAAGAUGAGCAAAAAGACAUCAAGCAUUGAUGAACAGUGCACAACAAAGACAGACAACCCUAUCCAUGUCUGCAUGAAUCGAGCCAUCAUUUAUCAUGACGUCAUUCCAACGAGUGGAGCACAUCGCCCGCUAUGGGCCAAGUACGGAGAGUAUAGAUAUCUUCCCAAACAGAGAUGGUUACAUAAUCUAGAGCAUGGAGCUGCGGUAUUUCUCUACCACCCUUGUGCCGAUAUGAAUGAAGUGACAAGAUUUAGAAGAAUUGCACGAGGAUGUCUAAGGAAACACAUCAUUACUCCAUACAAAGAACUCAGCCAGGAUCGGCCCUUUGCAGUCCUGACUUACGGAUGCAAAUUGGAACUGCCAUUCAUUGCUUCCAAUCGUAUUCGAGAAUUCCUGAGAGAGCAUGCAGGCAAAGCACCUGAAAGAAGAGUCGCAGAAGAUGGUCAAUUCAACAUUCAGCAGACCCAUAAAGCUAAGACUGUCUCUAAUGCAAACGAUUGUGUGAUCUGUCCUGCGGAGCCGUUUGAUGGAUGUCCAGGACACCACACCCAUACCAGUCGGGUCAAGCAGGCCAUCAAUAAAGCUCAUCAUCGUCCCAAGAAUGAUAAACCACGCAAGAGACAAGGAAAAAUCCAUGACUAAUUAGGCAUCAAAAUACACCAAUUUGGGGUAGGGGAAUACUAAAAUAAACUGGGGCAUGAUCCUUUUAAAAGUCAGGUUUGUCUACAAAUUUAGGUCAUGAAAAAUUAUGACAUAUCAGGUGAAGCUCUUGAUUAAAAAAAGAAAUGGGAUGUUUGUCGUUGUUUUUUCAAAGCCUAAAGGGGAGGGUACAUAUCAAAAGCUAUUCUUUGAUAUGAAAUGUGAAAUAUUAGGGGGUGAUUUAUAUUUGUUUUUGCUUGUUUAGGAAGGAUGGGGUAAUAAGGAUUAGAUCAACAGGCUAUCUCAAUGAUAAAGCAAAUACAAGAGAGAUGAAUCCAUGUAGGAAAACAAAAAAGGGUAAAAUCAAAUGUUUAAUUUCAGGGUGUAGAGAUGCUUUGCUGACAAAGUGAAUUCAAUUGUUUUUCUUAAUAUUCAACAAUUAGAGAAGUUUAUUAUGGUUAUCAUUAUUCAUAAUAUGAAGUAAUGUUAUUAUAUUGUUUACAUUUAUGAUAGCUCUCUUGUUUUGAAAAAAAAAACACAUUGCAGAAGAUAUGGAAUUAAUCUUUAAAAGCAUUCAUGCGAUUAUUUUCCUAUUUUAACUAAAGUUGAUUAAUUUCUUCUAUUAAAUACAUUUUUAAGCCAAUUUUUUUUUUGAAAUAUAUUUUACAGGGAAAUAACAGCAAUGUAUGUAUGCAGCAUUUGAAGUACAUUGAUUAUAUUUUUGGAAUUUACAUUUUAAAAUUACAUACAAUUCGAUUCCUGAGAUUAUAGUCAACAUAGUCUGUAAAGCUUUAAAACAGACAACAACAAAAUUAUUGCGAUGGAAUUCUUCAUAUAAAUAUAUAUUUACUAUAAAAGUAUUGAAUGCAUUUUAACUAAAAUUAACAAUAUGCAUCAAGUGAAAAUUAUCAGGUUCAUUUUCUGUUGUUUUGGUAAGAUAUUCUCAUGAAAAUUGUAAAGAAUAUACCAUAUAAGUAUAUAUACCAUAUACUGGAAGGCAAAAAAGGUUGAAAAUUAAACUUUAUACUGAUUCAUGAUGCAUACAUACAAAAGUGACUUUCAAAGGAUAUAUGAUUUCUGAUAUUGCAAUUGUUUUUUUAUUUCUAUAAUUUUGUACCGUUUUUAUUCACCUAUAUUUGUUAUGCGAUUUUUUUUGGGGAGUUGCUUUUUUAUUACAGUAAAGUGACACAUACUUUGGUACCACUUUUCUUCAGCUUCUUAUAAUCAAGGCUCUGCAAGACUUAUUUAAAUAGAAAUCAAUUAGGAAGCGUUUUAAUUGAGUCUUUAAAUGAAUAUUUAGAUAGUUUUAGAGUUGAACUCUUCACUAUCAUUCUUCUUCUCUUUAUCUUCUUCUGUUAAAAUGCAUCAUAGUAAAUCUUAUUUUUUGUUUUGUAUCAUAUUCUAAAUGUUGUAAUGAAUAGUUAUUUCAUUAUUCAAGUCUUGCAAAUCUUGAAACAGGAAAUCCUACAUAGUCCAGAAUAUGUUCAUGAUCAUUUUGUUAUCUCAAGCCUCUGGGAUUGCAAUCUACUACUCCUACUUGUGGUAAAGCAGAGAUUUUCUUCCCUAUCAUAUUAUCUUCUGUUUGCUAUAAUUAUAGGAACGAGAGUACUAAUAUUAAAAAAAAAAGUCUGGAUUCUGGAGAGAGCUACUUGAAUACACAAAUUAUGUAUUUAUAUUUAAUGGAAUCUUGUAUUAUUUACAGCCUCACUUUGAUAAUCUAUUAUUUACAGUAUUAGGCCUACAGUUUGUUUCUAAAUUAAUCAUACAUGUACUUUGUAUGUACCUUCAAUAUGUGAAUGUGUAAUCAAAGUUAUUUGUUAUGAUCUUUUUACAUGAAAUCAUUAAGUUGUUCUCACUUCUUUCUUGCGUGAUUUAUUCCAAUAAAAUGUAUUCUAAAUGUACUCACAAAAGUUCAUGCCAUGUGCAUAAUUGUACAUAUGUAGUUAGUGGUAUUUAUGCAAGAUUCUUGCUCCCAACAUGCAGCAUAUGCCUCCUUACAUCUCACCCUCUCUCUCUGUAACGUAAGUAUUGCAACGUGUCCAAAGCAAAUAUGGUUGUAUGGAUGUGUGGGUAUGUACCUGACUCACUUGUGAAGUUUCUAUUCCCAUAUUUUAUUUUCCAUAUGAAUAAUUCCCAUGAAGUGUUUUCCAAAUGUAUAUUCAAGCCCUCAUUACAUUGCUUUGUGAUCACUUCCCAGUACCCAUAAGGACAUAAGCUUUAAAGUAAUACAGAUAUACAUGAAGCAGGGCUCUACGACGGGUAGAUUACCCCCAGAUGUUAUGAAUAAUAUAGGAACUUCUAACAUACACAAAAGAAUACUCUGAGUGGAGUAAGAACACCAUAGAUUUUGUUAUGCACAGAAAUUCUUGAUUUUCCUUUAUUCAGUAAAUCUAUUCAAUGUUAUAGACUGUUUUCGAUGUAAGAGAUAUUGUUCUGCUUGAUUACAUGUGUCAUGUAUUUAUUGAUUUUAACUUCAUUUAUAACAAUUUCCAUGUCAGGUGAAACCAAUACGUAACUCAAGCAAAUCUUAUGUGUUCUGCUUAUUAAAAUGAGUUAAAAUGCUGAAUGCUAAGA